GGGCAGCUGUGGCUACAGUAGUGUCUCACCACAGAGAGGAGUGAAUAAUGCACCGUAAAGUGCUUUGAAAGGCGCAGUAUAAAUCCAUUAUUAUUUGUAUUAUUAAUGUGGGCUUUGCAUCUAACUCAGUGAAUCCAAUCAACAAAUCAGUGACUCGAGAGCAGGCGUGAGAUUUAAAAAGUCAAAACACAGAAAAGCGAUGCACACACCAAUCUGGCAACCAAGAGAUAUUUAAAUGAAUAAAUAGUGUUAAAUGUUCAUGUAAGGUGUUUGGAUUUCACUGUGGGGAAUGCUGUGCACUAAACCCUCGUGUCCACUGCUGUAUCUGCCUCCUGCUCAAACACACAGGGUCAAAGGUCACAGGUAAACACAGCUCUGUGGUCACUCACCCACACCACUGUCCAGCCAAAGAAAUCAGCAAAGGUACAACGAGUCUCUGAGGUGGCACUUUGCGGGUUUUCUUCAUCUUCCUCGUGUUCACAUGUUCACAUUUAUAUGUUCACUUUUCUAGUACUUUCCAGUUUGGCCACACUGGGCAUAGACCCUUUCACCUGCACAUGUGCACGACUGUAAAACAGCACUCCCACAAACACGUCCACGAUCAAUAGUUUGAAUUUCCACUGCCCUCUGUCCUGCAGGACACUCAGGGCUGCUGCUCAGUCGGCUACAGCCUACAGGGCGAACCUGAGCAGACCCGGGACCAACGUGAAGAAGAAGAGGCUCAAGAAUGGGAUGGAACUGGAAAACGAUGACUGUGGGUCUGCUGCUCGUCCUGGGGAUGUUGGGAAAAGGAGCACACGGAGGAGGGAAUGGCCGAGGUAAGAAAGAGAUUUCUGGAGCAGGAGUGUUCUAUCUCGGCCAAGACAGAGACACAUGGAGGCCCCUGGUCCAAAUAACAGUAAACCUCAGUGAGAUCACAGACGUAAAGUCAAGAUUUCAGCUGCGCACAUUUGACCCAGAAGGCACCAUUUUCUAUGGAGACACAAAGAGCGGCGAGGACUGGUUUGUUCUGUCCCUAAACAAAGGUUUCCCGAUGAUGCAGAUCUGUAAAGAGGGCAUGCUGCUCAGUGUGACCGGAGGCCCCAAACUCAACGAUGGAAAAUGGCACACUCUGGAAGUAAGCAACCAAGGAAAGUUUGUGGUUUUGGUAGUUGACGGGACACAGCCGCUGGUCGUUGGCCUAAAGCCCAAAGAGAAAGACGAGCCUCUGUCUGGUGUCCUCAGACUUGCACUGGGCGGGAUCCUGAUUAAUACAGAAAAUCUGCUCGUUCAGUACAAGCCACAGAUGGAUGGAUGUAUACGGGAGGGCAUCUGGCUUAAUCUGACUUUGCCCUGGGAGACCGAAGAGGAGGAGAUGUGGCAAUGCCAUGAAAAUAUCAAACCUGGCAGCUAUUUUCCUGGCAAAGGCUUAGCUGUUUUUAACUCCUCCGUUCUCCCCAAACAAACAGAAGAAGAGAUUACGCUUGAAUUUUGGGGUGAUUUUAAAGAGAUGGAUGGGACCAUUUGUAGCAUCAAAAAGCCUGGUGAAGAGCCACUGUUUUAUCUAACAGCAGACAGAAGUGCAAAGGUCACGCUCACGUUUGGGGCUGAGACCAUCAGGAUGCAGCCCGCCUCCAGCAGGCUCAGGAUCACCUUUCACUCUGAUGCAGUAAAGGUUCAUCUAGACAGAGAGGAGUCCAGCGCCAUGAUCCCAGUGAGUGACCCCGGGUACGCAGACAUGUGGGCAGUGGGCUCCCUGUCCAUCGGAGGUCUCCUCGGUGAAGAUGACACUGGGACUCAGUUCUUGACCGGAUGCCUAGAAAAGAUCCAGAUUCAAGGGAAGAAUUUGGAUAUGAAUUUAGCCUUCAACGAGAUGUCGAUCUACUCCCACAGUUGUCCUGCCUGACAUGUGUUUUAUAGAAGUCAGAACUGGUUUAUUAUUUUAAUACAAUGUUAAGCCUGUGUGCAUAGACUCUACUCAAUUCUAUUAAAUGUUUUCAACACCA